AUGAAAGAUAUGGGUAUCAGAUUUGAUAGCAAUAAAUUUGAAAUUGCACCAUCAAAUGAUAUUAAGGUCAUAUUCGAAAAGCUUAACCACUCAGAUUAUCUGGUAGAUUCCUAUAAUUCAAGCAACAUGGAUUUCCUUGAGUUAGACAUCAGUUACAAAAUAGAUAUAAACUUUUCUGCUUUAAUUAUGCAUCUCAAACCUGAUGUUUACACUUAUCUUCUGAGAUGUAUGGAUCUCAAUAUCAACUUUACAGAUAAUCUUGCAAAAUUUUUCUAGCUUGCCAUAUGGAAUGAUGGAUCAGACACUUAGAAAUAUAUCAUUUAGGAACAGGAGAUAGUAUAAAAGCUGAAGAAUAAGGAGGUCUAUAAAAUGAAGGUUUAUAUGAGCUAUCCUUCUCUUGCAUUAUAGUUACAUAAUAUGGAUGGCUCGUUUAUGUCUGAGCUUAUUCUUUGGAAUACAAAGAUAGAUUUCUUGCGAUAUGUAGAUUACAGAAAAUCAAUAAUAGUUCAAUCUCAUUCAAUCUUCAUUCUUCAUAAUGAGCAGACUAUGCAAUUUGGAACCAAAAUGAAGCAAGUAGUAGUGGCACCAGUGUCUUCUAAAAAUUUCAUCUGCACUAACUAAGAUUUUUAUAACUUUCAAUUCAGCACAAAUCUUUCAAAACUGUCUCCUCAAAAAAGACAAAAAGCCUAAUAGAAAAUGAGUAGGAAGAACUUUGUAGUCAACCUUCAUUUUGAAUCUGACGGGGAAAAACUGAUCUAGACAAAGAUCGAGAAGCUUAAAAUAUUCAUAAAACCUCAUAUUUUCCUAAUGAUGUUUGAGAUGUUUGUCUAUAGCAUGCCUCAAUAUCAAGACAGCUCCUAAGAUAAGCCUAAUUUCUAUGACUCAGAUUGGGGCAAUGCUCCAAGAAUGGAGGUUUGCUGCUAGAUUGUGCAAAGUCUAUUGUGUUUCGAAAAUGAGGAGAAGUACCUUAGAACAAUUGCCUGCUAAGGAAACACUAGUUUUACAUAUAUAAGGGAGAAACUGAAUUAGAUUAAGUAAAGAUUAGUUGAAAAACCUCAAAUGCUUGAUGAUAAUGGCAAUCUUGACUCUGCAAGAUCUCUAGACUCCUCCAGGAAAUCCAUAUCAUCAUAAUUUGUUCUUGAUGCAAGUGCUACCACUAAAAUAAUGCAAGUAUCAAUAUCAGAUUUAUGCCCAUUCUUCUGCACUGGAUCUGACCUUGAUGGUAAAAACUUCAAAUAAGUAAAAAAACGUGAGAUGAUGUCACCAUUCACUCUGUUUUAUAAUAGAAGCGAUAUCAUUGAGCUUUCAAAGUAGAAUGAUAGAUUGUUUGUGAAUAGCCCAGAUAGAUAUAUUUUCAAGUUCUAUUCUAAAGUCGAAGCAAAUUUGGAAAGAACUUUGCUUAAAAUAUCUUUCAAUGAUCUUCAAAUAUUGAAAGGAAUUGUUGAUCAUCUUGGCUUUAUGCUGAACCAAGAAUAUAUGAGGCUACUUGCUGAAAGUAAGCUAAAUGGUUAAGAAAUCAAUCUGGGUGAUUAUAUGCCAGAGGAGCUAGACUAUAUUAGGGCAUACCAUGAUCCUGGAUAUGAUGAUGAAGAAGAGGAAGACAGAGAGCAGUCUAUGAAGUAAAAGGGCAAGGAUAUGUUUAAGAAUUUCGGAAUGCAUGAUAUUGAAGAAAGAUCUGAACAUUCUAAUCACUAGUCUUCUGUUUAGAACAGUAGUUAUCUCUCUGAAGAUAGUGAAGAUUAUGAAGAUGAUGACGAAAGAAUAAGAAGACUUGCUAAGAUCCAACGACAAAAAGAUGCAAUCAUUAGAUAGAAAAAGCAAAUAAGUUAGAAGCCAGAAAAUUUCACUGAAUCUGUAAAAAGAGCUUCAAUUGUAUUUUCGCUGUUGCAGAGAACCUUUACCUAACGACAGAGUGACCUUAAGAAUAUUUAGAUCAAUGAAAGCAAAGAUGAGGAGUUCAAGACUCCAUAUAUCCCAUAGUAAAAGGUCUCGAAAUUCUAGGAUAUAAUUCAUGAGGAAGAUGAUGAGUUUAAUGAUGUUGAUGAGGGAUAAGUAAGAGUCAAUACUGAGCAGUUAUAUUGGAAACAUUAGUCUCCAAAUGCUUCAAAAUCACUGAUGACAUCUGAAAUUGAUUUAGACACUUCACUUUAAAAUGCUAUAUAAUUCCUGCAAGCCAUAAAAGAGGAACGAGGGGUCGAUCAAUUCUAGGUUGUCAGUUAUGGAUUAAAGAUCUUGAUUAUUAAUGACAGUUUGCAGAAUUUCUUCCCAGUCCUUGGAAUUAGCAUAUCAGAGUUCCACUAUUCCUCUGAUCAGAAUGAGACUCAAAAAGCAGGCAUAACAUAGUUCAGCUCUGCAAUAAAUUACUAUAAUGCAGAGGCUGGUGAAUGGGAGCCAUUUAUUGAAACUUUUAAAGUCCACUUGACAAUCAUGGAGGAGUCAAAGAAUAAAAAGAAGCAGAUGCUGUAGUGUGAACUUCCAUCGGCAUUAAGCAUUAACAUCACAGAGAAGCUAGUCAAAAACCUUUCAAAUACUUAUAAAACCUGGCUUUCAGGUUCUGAAGAGGAAUCUGAUAUACCUAUUAGACCCCCACCCUCUAAGAGAGUAAGUUCUAAUGAAAUGAUCCAUAGUGACCGAGGAGGCACUAUGAAAUUUAGGCCUAGCAUGCUCCUUACUAAAUAUGCUAUUGAAGAUAUUGAUGAAGAGGAUGAAUUUGAAUCAUAUCAAAAAGAAGAGGACGUCGUAACACCAUACUCAAUUUGCAAUUAAACGAAUUAAAAGCUUCUGGUUAAGAGGCUCAACAUAAUCAAUGACAGGGAUUUUGAGGAUAAAAAAAUGAAAAAGUCAACAACAAAAAGUUUUUCUAGUCUUUAGGUCAAAGGAGGGGCAGGAUCUCAGCACAGCAAACUAAACAGAGUAUAUGUAAUUAAUCCGAGUGAAUCGAUUGAUUAUGCUGUGGACUAUGAACUUCAAGUCAAACAGCAGAUGAAUAUCUACUCAUCUCACUAGUUUUCUGGGUAACAAGGAGAAUUUAUUAAGAUACUGUUUGAAGAUGCUGGCACUACGAAUGGAGGAAUCAGCGGUGGAACUGGAAUGAGCAUUCCACUGAGUAGUGUAAACCUCAACUAGGUCGGCUGCAAAAAGCAUUAUGUUAAAGAUGACGAAAGAAAUAAAUUUAGCGAAUUUUAUGUGUAUGGAGUUACUCAAGUAAAUAUGAAAAAGGUACUUACAAUAAGAACUCAAUAUCUCUUUGUGAACUAGACAUUCUUUAACUAUGAGAUACACAUCAGAUUCUCAAACUCUUCAAUUACUAAAACUUUAACCCCUGGAGAUAAACUACCUAUCCCAGAUACAUUGAACUAAUGUAAAUUCCAAAUUAGAAUAGCUUCACAACAGAGUCAUUACGAUCAGGAAUAGGAACUCGAUAAUGAAUUUAUGACACCUAAUUUAAGCAGAAGACUUUCAAAAAGAAAGUCAGUAAAUCCUGAUGAAUCAGCACUUCUGGACGAGGUUAUAAAUUAAAGAGGUGAUUUACAAAAUUAUCAGAUAGUAAGUAGAAAUUGGUCGGACUUAUUGCCAAUAUAUGCUCUAAAGGAUAAGUUGCCAGUAGAUAAGACAACAUUCUUGAAACAUGGAAAGACUUACACUAUAAUAAAAAAGGAGUAAUCAGAGUUUGCUGACGCUUUUGAUAUCACAUUUAGACCACCUCUACUGCUUAAGAAUUGUCUGCCAGUUCCAAUUUACAUUACUUUUGAAGAUUCAAACGGUGAAUAUGACUCAAUGGAUCUACUUAAAGAGGAGGAGAAACAUGUAUUCGUUUUUAAUUUGUAGUAGCCAGUAAUGCUCAAAGUGCUAAUUGAUGGAUUUAAGGAGUAAAUGAUAGUAUUGGAUUGUUCAUCGUCCAAAGAUCUUGAGAUAAAAGUAUAAGUAUAUGAUCAUCAAGGUAGAACUCUUGAUUUAUACAUUGCAACAAAUACAAAAGUUGCAGGGAAAAAAGCUAUUUUCUACGUCAAGAAUUGUGUUAUCAAUAAUACCUAACAAGAUUUGACAUUUUAUUACUCACAGCCAAAUGAGAGAUAGUUGAAGCAAAAGAAUUACAAAGAGAUGAUUGCUGGUACACAAGACGAUAAAGUAUAUGGCCUAACAAAGAAGUUUCACUUGCUUUCAGAUAGACAAGAAAUUUAUGCGUCAAUAGAUGGCUCAAAUGAGGUAUCAAAUCCGAUUAACAUUCAUAAUCCAGGAUGUAAUGAUAAGUUUUUGCUCUCAAAGGAUGCUUCCUUGUUCGAAUUUGCCUAUUCUACAGAAAUUUUUUUAGCCAGUAAUUUUUUUAAUACUUACUAUCAUUAAAUAGCUAAGGAUGACUAUAUAUACACAAAGAUAACCACGAUUACUCCCUUGUAUGUAUUUGUCAAUCAUACAAAAAGUGUCUUAGUUGCAGCAUAGAAUGACUCAAAAGAUAUUCCAUUUGUCAUCCCAUAAAAAGAAAGAGUUCCAUUCCAUUGGGCUAAUAAAACAAAGGAUCAGUAUGUUAGUGUCAAGAUAGUAAGUGAUGCCUUUAAAUAGCCUAAUGAAGCUGAAUAUGACUGGUCUUGCGCCUUUGACAUCUCAGAACUGGGAACAUUAUCAGUGCAAAAUAGAGAAGUUUAGAGAGAUAAGAACUACUCAAAGGAGUAUUAAAAGUUUAAGACACAAAGAAGAAAAAUCAAAUUCCUCAAGAUUGACAGACGACUUCAUAACAAUACUAUUUUCAUAAUAGUGGAGGAAGAAGAUGCCUAAUAGCCAACUUAUAAGAUUGAAAAUUUCUCUAAAGUAUUCGCCCUUAGAUAUCAUUAAGUUGAAUAAUAAGAAUAUGCAGAUUUACUUAACAUUCAAGAGAGCGUACCUUUCUCAUGGACGAACUACCUUGGAAUCCAUCAACUCGAAGUCGACCUUUUUCAUGGAGAUUUGACAACAGAUUAAUCUUAUUAUGUAUAAGGUGCAUAGCUAAGAUUUGCUUUGGAUUAGUUGAACUUUAAAUAAAAUUUCAAGAUACCCAUUGGAUAUUAGGAUGUUAUCAAUUUGUAUGUGUGCACCUUCACAAACGGUUAUACUAAGGUUAUAAGAUUCUCUGAUAUUGAUAAUACUCAUAUCACAGCUACUAAUCAAGAAGAUGUUGGUGAAGUUGAAGAUGAAAAUCUAUCACAAAUGUCUAUUUAUGAGAUCAAUGUAAGUUUAAAGUAUCAUAAUCCAAUUUAGUUGAGACAAUUGAAUCUUUCUAUGAUUGGUGAAAACAGAGAGCUAUUGAUAAUGUCUUUUUAGAGAAUAUAAGCCAAGGUAGUUGAUACUGAGAAAGACACAAAGAGUGAAUUUGAAAUUGGAUAUAUCUAGAUAGACAACUAGAGUCAAAAUGAUCCAAUUUACCCAGUUAUGCUUAAACCCAAAUAUAUCAAGCCAGACAGUGUUGAGGAAGAUGAUCAAGGUAGUAACAGCAGCAAGAGCAGAGAUAUGACUAGGAAUUAUCAAGUAGGAGUGUUUUAACUCUCUUUGGAUUACAGAAAAAAUAUCCCACAUGUUGCAUACUUCGAAUUAGUUGACUAUCUACUUUAGACAUUAGAAGUCAAAAUUGAGUUUUCACAUAUGCUUCUACUAUCUAAAUUUGCAUAAAAGAUAGGAGGUAUGGUGGAUAAAAAUCUGACUUGGAUGCAUCAAAUCUUUGAAUAGGAUUCAGGAGAUAACUUUUUUGAAUAGGAGCCAGAUUUCUUUAAAACGAAGGAAACUGUGAGAGAAGGUGGAAAUUUGAUGCUUGAUAAGACAAAGACUAAGAAAUCUAGUUUAGGAUUGGGAAAAUACUAGUCUAUGACAUAUAAAGAGUAAAAUUAACUCCUUAAUGAGCCUGAAGAAAUUAAGUUAAACUUCACCCCAUCGUCAUAAAAAAGAGAUAAAUUCCACAGAGGAUUUUCUCAAGAUCAAUCUAGUGCCACAAGACAUCUUAAGAAAAGAACUGUAGCUAGUAGUUUAGCGUUAAAUCGUGUUUAGUCAGUUCAAGACAAAUCUAAUUUUGGAGUGCAAGAUGGAAUCACUGGCUCAUUAUCAAAGACAAAAACUUCUUAAUAAAAUAUUCUAAGAAAGCUACACUCGUAAGACUUUCAAAUGCUUCAUCAGCAAACCAAAGUUUAAAGAUAAAAUUGGAAAUCAGAGUAAUUCAAACAGCAAUCGAAUAGAAUUUAUAUCAAAGAGUAUAGAGCUGGGCCAGUUGAGCUUGAAGUAAGUCUGAUGAACACAGAGUCUUUUGAACUUGAAGAGUCAGAUAUAUUUAAGACUAUCAGUUCAUUAGGUCUUGUUAUCAGUAGUAUUGAUGAGGCUCCUAUAAAAUUAAAUGCUCUUGUACUUGGAAAUGUCUUUGGAGAUUAUGAUGAUGUAGUCACCUAACUAAGAAAGCACCAUUCUGAGAGAUUUAAAUGGAAUAUCUUAAAAUUUAUUGGAGCAAGUAACUUACUGGGAAAUCCAAGUAAUUUUGUGAAUGCACUUGGAACUGGAGUUUAAGAUUUCUUCUAUUAGCCAAGAUAGGGUUUUGUCAAAGGUCCAAUUCAAGGAGGCAUAGGAAUCAUUAAGGGAACAGGAUCUUUAGUUAAAAAUACUCUGAUUGGUACAAUAGGUUCUGCAAGUAAAAUGGUAUCAUCUGUAAGCAAAGGAUUGCUUGUGCUGAGCAACGAUAAAGAGUAUAUUUAAAAGAGAGAUGUAGAUAAUAUCAAAAGAAAACCUUAAAAUGUUUCCCAAGGUCUAUCACUUGGUUUGAAAUCUGCCUAUAACUCAAUAAAAUCAGGCAUAACAGGCGUUUAUAAAUAACCCAUUGAAGAAACAAAGAAAGGGGGCUUUGCAGGAUUUUUGAAAGGGACAGCCAAGGGUAUUACAGGCCUUGUUGUUAAACCUAUUAGUGGUACUUUGGAUCUAUUUUCCUUAACAUCUGAAGGAAUUAAAAACACCUCCAAGAAAGUUGAAGAGUUAGUUUAGGAUAAAAGAUUGAGACUACCUAGAGCGUUUUAUGAGACUGAAAGAAUAAUUAGGGAAUACGAUGAUUUCCAUGCAUUCUGGAUUAAUUAAGUACCAAGAAUCAGAGCUGAUAUAAAUGUAGAGUAUUUCUUUGAAGCAAUAAUGAUAGACAAUAAUGAUACAAGUUGGUCUAUUUUAUUCUUGACUUUGAAUAAUCUAGCCAUGAUUGUGGCAGAAUAGAAAACCAACUAAACCUAAAAAUCCAGUUAGAAACGUAAUCCUGUUUACAUCAAGUGGUGUUAUGACACAAAACAAAUCCAAUAUGUAGAGGUAGUUGAGGACUCCCUUUUGACCAUAGGAUUUUAAGACAAAAAUUUAAGCGUAUAGAUGAACGACUAAUUAGUCGCAGAAAGAGUAAGAGAAAAAAUUGAAAAGAUUAUAAAAAUGAAAUAAUGA